AUGAACUUACAACUGGCGAAUAUACAGUGGUAUUUGAGUUAUACUUCCCCUCUGCAUCUAUUGACCAUUCAUCAGUUGACAUAUCAGCUACAAGUAGUAUUUAAACAAUUUCCAGGGUAUCAACUAGUAAAUCUGCAGAUUAUACCAGAUCAUUGGUUCAUAUACACAAGUACAAUAAUGUAACACCUAGUUAUCUGAUGAUGGAUUUAGCAUUGUAGAAUAAAUCAGGUGUGGCUUAUGCAGAAGAUUUAGUCGUUUGUUUCACAGUUUAUGGCAUCUUGGGAUAUCACAACGACGUUCCACUUAGUGUGGGAUAAAGAGUUUGAAAUAGCAAAUGGUUCUCUUCAUCUCAUCACACUAAUUAAAAUGACCAAAGAGUUAAAAAACCAAGAUGCAAUUAAUGAUGACAAUUCUAUUACAUUUCAUAUGGCUUAUAAUAAAAUAAAUCAUUCAGCCACACCAAUUGAUGUUAAUGAUACUGUAAAUAAAUCAUAUCUGGACACACAAACAAACAUUUUAUUUAAAACUGAUUGAACAAAAACAAUGUCCGCUGACUUUAAGGUGUGCAAUAAGAGAAAUAAUCAAUUUAGCUACACCAACAAAUGGUAAUGAUGCCUCAAAGAAAUCAUAUGUGGAUGGUGUAAGAGAAGAAGCAGCACUGGUAUUUGUGCCUGUAUACUUUUUUAAUUAUGAAAUGGCACAUGAUAAUGAAAAGGAAACCAAAUUCUUAAAAUCAAGAUCAAAAUAUCGAGUUUUUAAUGAUAGACAUUACACAUUAUAUAGUGACAAAUUAACAUUUGAUAUGGAUGGAAAAUAUGAAUUUCAUCAAAGAUAUGGUUGCAAGGGGUCUGCCACACAUUUCUAAUUUCUAAAGUAUAUGACACUUCUGGAUCCAUUAAUAAGCAAUAAACUGUAUUUACAAAAAAUACAAACAAUAAAUGGAUAGAUGCUACAUUUCUUGGAAUAUUUGGAACAUUUACCGGUCAUUCCAUAUCAUUCGGUGUAGAUAAUGGCACUCUUGAUGGUGGGCUUUAUGCUCAAUUAAUGAUAAAAUAUAUCUAAUUAAUAUAAACAUAUUAUAUAUGAGCUUCAACAAGAGGAGUGUUUCAACCUUCAAUCAUAUAGAUAAAUCGUUAAACAAAAACGCAAUACAUGAAAUACAUCAUUAUACAAAUACUACGAUAAGAAGCUUUCGUUGUUUAAAAAGCCUAUAGGAGGUUUAAGAAACUAAAUCUGUCAUUCAACUUGUUUAAUAAUAGGUGGUACACCAUAUUUGGAGGGGUAAGAACGAACUACAUCAUCCAAUUCAUCAUGAGUUAUUUUAAUACAGCACAUCAUAUCAUAAUAUUAUAUCGAUAUUACAAGUUUAAAUAUUAUCAGAGGUUAUCCUUGGUUUCCUUAAAUUAUAUUUCACAUUAUAUAAUUCCUCUUCUGCUUCUAAUAUAUUACCCUCAUUAAAAUAUAUUGUAUAUUUUGUAUGAAUAUGUACAGUAUCUGUGUCAUCAAAGUAAUAGGCAUCAUCAUUUAGUUUACUAUCAUCUAUAAAGCUACUAUCACAACUAUCACUACUAUCUGAAUAAUAGUCUUGACUAUCAUAUACAUAAUCACUAUCUUGAUUACUAUGAUAACUACUAUCAUCUGAAUAUAUUUCCUGAGAUUCCAUGUAUACUCAUAUAGUAGAGAAAAAUCAUAGAAUUUCCAAGAAUUAUGAUGGCAUAUGGAUUCAAGGAAAUAAGUAUCAUAAGAGAAAGCAAGCGCAAAAUGAACAUCAUUACUAUCUGAAUAAUCGUAUUGACUAUCAUAUACAUAAUCACUAUCUAGACUACUAUUUUAAAUACUUCAAGAAACUUAACUAGAUUGCGCAGUUUGUGCCGUUUAUUGAUUGAGGUUGAUUUGACCAUUUAAAGUACUUCAACCAGUUGAGAAAGAUUGUGCAACUUUUCUCAGUUGACCUUUGACUAUUAAACCACUUGAACUAUUUCAGUUAGAUUGUCCAGAUUGUGCAGUUGAACUUAUUAAGCUAAUUAUGCAUUUUGUUCAGUUGAACCAUUUAAGCUAGUUUGACUACGUGAACUACUUCGACCAAUUAAGAUGGAUUGUGCAGGUGAACUGUUAUCGCUCGAUUGACAUUUAGCCAGUUGAACCAUUUAAGCUUUCACACAAACCGCACUAGUUAAGAGAAUCAAACUAGUUUUAUUGGUUCAUUUGAUUAGGUAGUCAAGACGAAAACAGUUUAACUUCACAAAUUGGACAAUGUAUCUUAAUUGGUUGAAGUAGCUCAAAGUGGUUAAAUUACCUUAUAUGACAAAGUGAUGCUAACUGAAACAGUUGAGCCGGAACAAGUGCAUAUCAUACUUAUGCAUUUAGUUUAGUUGAACCAUCAAAGCUAGUUUCACCAUGUGAACUACUUUGACUAGAUAGAUUGCGCAAUUUGUGCAGUUUAACUGUUAUCACUCGAUUGACAUUAGGCUAUUUGAACCAUUUAAGUUACCUAUUGGUUUUGUCCAGUUUAACCAUUUCAGCUAGUUCUGAAUUUUUUCUUAUUGACCCAUUUAAGGUAGAUCAGCCAUUGAGCUUUUUUAACCGAUUAAGACAGAUUGUACAAUUUGUGCAGUUUAAGUGCUUUUGCUAGUUUGCCUAUUUAACCAGUUAGAACAUUUCAGCUUGUGCGGUUUUAGCAGUUAAGCCGAUUAAGCUAAUUGUGCAUUUUAUCCAGUUGAACUAUUUAGGCUACUUGACCAUGUAAACUACGUCGACCAAUUAAAAUAACUUUUGCAACUUUUGCAGUUUAUUUGUUUCUGCUUGUUUGACUUUGUAAGCAGUUGACGCAUUUGAGUCAGCUUGUAAAGUACAUACAGUUGAACUGAUUAAGUUAUUUACGCAUUUCCUUCUGUUGAAACAUUUCGGCAAGUCGUGAGUUUUAUCAUUUAGGCUGGUUUGACCGUUUUUAAAGUUGAACCAAUUCACCUACAUUGACUAUUUCAACAAUUUAAAUCAAUUCAGCAAGGUUUUGCAGUUUGUGCAGUUGAACUUAUUAAGAUAGUUGUUUAUUUUGAUCAGUUGAACUUUUUUUAGCUUGUUCGAGCAAGCAUAGAACUUCAACCUAUUAAGAUUGGACAAUUUGUGCAUAUAACUGUCCUCGCUAAUUGAACUAUUUAGCUGGUUGAACUAAUUAAGCUACUUUGAUCAUUUUAAUUCCUUAAAGAAACUGGGCUACAUUUUGCCGUUUGUGCACUUCAACAAUUGAAAGCAGUUUGACCAUUGUACUACUUCAGGCAGUUCAACUGUCUUCCCUGGUUUGACUAUUUAACCAGUUGAACCAUUUAAACUAGUUCUGAAUUUUGUCCAGUUCAACCUUUGAAGCUAGUAUGGCAAUUUGAACAACAUUAACCAAUCAAGAUAGAUCAUGUAAUUUGUGCAGUUAAACGUUCUUGGUUUCUUUGAUCAUUUACCGAGUUUAACAAAUUAAGCUUGAUUGUGCAGUUUGUGCAGCUGAUCCUAUCGAGCUAGUUAUGCAUUUUGUCCGGUUGAACCAAUUAACCUAGUUUGGGCAUUUGAACUACAUCGACCAUUUGGGAUAGAUAGUACAAUUUGUGCACUCCUACAGUUUUUGCCAGUUUGAUCAUUUAACCAUUUCAACCAGUUAAACUAGAUUGAGAAGUUUGUGCACUUGAACCUAUUAAGCUAGUUAUACAUUUUGUCACCUUGAACAAUUUAAGCUAGUUUGACCAUUUGAAUUAGUUCAACCAGUUGAGAUAGAUUGUGGAGUUAGUGCAGUUUAGCUGUUAUAGUCCUAUUAACUAGUGAAAUAGUCAAACCAGCGAAGAUAGUGAUGCUUAAGCUAGUUAGCAUGAACUAGCUUAAUCACUUCAACUGCACAAUCUGGACAAUCUAGCUGAAAUAGUUCAAGUGGUUUAACAGUCAAGGGUCAACUAAGAAAAAUUACACAAUCUUUCUCGACUGGUUGGAAUACUUGAAAUGCUCAAAUCAAUCUGUGUGGAUAAAUGGCACAAACUGCAUAAUCAAGCAAAGUUUCUUGAAGUAUUUAAAAUAAUAGUCUAGAUAGUGAUUAUGUAUAUGAUAGUCAACAUUAUUAUUCAGAGAGUAGUGAUAGUUAUGAUAGUAGCUUUAUGGAUUAUCGUGGACUGGAUGGUCAUGCCUAUCACUUUGAUGACCAAGAUAAUAUUCAUAAUUAUACAGAAUAUACAAGAUAUUUUAACGGGGGAAAUAUAUUAGACGCAGAGGAGGAAUCACGUAGUAUGAAAUCUAAUUUAAGGAAACCAAGGAUAGCUCCCAAUAAUAUUUAAACACAUAAUAUCUAUGAAAUAUUAUAAUAUAAUGUAUAGCAAUAAAAUAGUUCAUGUUGAAUUGAAUGAAGUAAUUCCUUGUUAUCAGCAAAUAAAGGAACGAUCAAUGAUAGUAAAAAAAAUAGAAUAGAAAAAUGUUGGGAGAAACAGGGCUCGGAGAAUAAAGACCGUGUGAUUGUGUGCACGAAUUGUGAGCAAGAUGGCAAUAAACCAAUGAAAGAGUUUUGUAGCUUCCAUGAUAGCAACUGUAAAAUAAUAGGGAGGUCAAUAUAUCUCAGGAAAUACUUUCUUAAUUGGGUAAUAUUUAAUCGAACUAAAAAGUAUGAGAUAAUAAUAAUCACAAAGAACAAAAGUAAGAAAACAAUCUUUGAAAAGAUAAACAAUGCAUCACUACAGAUCAAUGGUAAUAGAAAACCGAUGAUUAAUAUCAGCUUCAUUAUGAUAUUAAAUGAUAUGCAAAUCAAUAUAGAUAACAUAAGGAUAACCAAAUCAAAGAAAACCCUUUCAUAUUGUCACAACUACUGGAACAACUUAUUGAAACUAUUUGAUAAUGAUUACAACAUAAUACUUAAUAAAUAAUAAAUCAAUCACGAGUAAACUACCUCUAGUAAUGUCACUCAAAAUCAUCAGCCAAGGAACACAUGUGUAGGAUAAUAUUGUCUACAGAUUUCAGUUGGUCCAAAUAACUCUCUUUAUCAAAUGACACUCCUCUUAAAUAGGACCUUAAUUUAAUGAGUGCCUUUACAUAGGUAGUAAAAGCAAAUCGACAUAAUUUGAUCCUUUUAAAAUCUUUCCUUUCAUGGCAUGUUUUUAAUAUCAAACCACCAGCAGGUAUAAUGCCAAGUAUAAUACCCUAUUAACAGCAUCAUUAUUUGAAAAGGAUGUAUCCAAGUUCUUAAUACGGUUGUUAUUCAUGUUUAUAUCACCUUGGAAAGUCUCAGAGCCACUCAGUAUGUUGUUUGCAAUGGUACCAACAUACUUUUUGUUACUGGCAUCCAUUGCACCUGAUGGAUUCCCAAGACUAACGACCCUUUUACUGUUCAUAUGUAAAUUACCUGUCAUUAUCUGAGUUCCAUCCAACAAUAAAACAGUUGACAAGUCUACAGAAUCACCAAUACCAGAUAGCCCCUGUGCAUCAACGUCGUCCUUAGCGCCUCGUGCAUCAGUAUUUAGACCUCUAUCAUCUUUGUCUCUUUUUGAACCAGUAUCACCCUUAUCACCUUUUGGUCAUGGUGACCCUGCUGGUCCUUCAAUACCGUCCACAGUUGUAUCUAUCUGUAGUUUGCUAUGAUUUACAGUAAAUAUGUCCAUUAUAAUAUAUGCUUAUAUAAGAAAAACUGUUUUAGGAAGUUUUCAUUGUAAGCAAAAUCAGUAUGGGUAAACACUAUUGCGACAUUAUAAUAUGUCUUCCCCACACUGUGGUCAUUCAUGUAAUACAAAGAUUAGUUAGUAUCCACAUAAGACAGUGAACAAAUCCUGAUACUUUGUGCUGUUAUAUACAUCAUUGAUAUUUAAUCGCCUUUAUAACCUCUUUUGGACAAUUGAGAAAAAACUGUCGAAUUAUUCAAUAUCUCUUUCGAUGUUCGUAACAACCCAAUGUGUACCAUCACCCAGACUGUCAUCAAGAUUUAUAACAUUAUCCUAUCCUUUGCUUAUCACUUAUUUGAUCUCUAAAAAAUACACCCAUAAACUGAUUUAUUCCCAUUCUCUUUACUCGGUUAAUUAUACCAUAAUUGGACAAUGCUUUAUUUUGAAACUUGCGCCCACUGAGGGACUCCGUUCAGUGGCGAGUUUUUUUCGCCACCAGUAAUCGUUUUCCUUUGGUUGUCUUUUUUUUUUGCUUUCAUUAAAACCAGCAGCCAUGGUACCUGUGUAACUAGGUUAACUACCAAUGAAUGGUGGUGGUGCUUGAGGAUACACUCUUUUGGACAAUUAACUAUAAAUGGAGGUGGUCUAUGCGGCACCAAUGACUCAUUUUAUUUUGUCACCUGCAUGCCACUACCAUCUGAUUUUGGUGGUGGAAGAGGUAGUAGCGGUUGAUAUCUGCUACAAACCUGAAUACCAUUACCAGUUGAUGCUUUUACUAACAAUGAGAAACCAAUAAUUGCCAGCAAUAUACCAAGGAACCCACUAGUUUGUUUCGUCGUUGGUUUGAUAAUAAGAGGACUUGCCAACGUCAUAGCUUUCAGCAAGUUGGGCAUUUUGUCAUUUAAGCUAAAUUGACUAUUUCAGAAGUAGAACCGAUUAAACUAAUGUGACUAUUUUGACUUCUUAAAUCCAUUGGACUAGAUUUUGCCGUUUGUGCACUUCAACAAUUGAAGGUAGUUUGACCGUUGCACUGUCUUGCCUAGUUUGACUAUUUAACUUGAUGAACCGUUUAAGUUAGUUAUGCAUUUUGUCCAGUUGAACCACGGAAGGUAUUUGAACGAGCCAUGGAAGCCACUUGAACAAGUUUAACCAACUAAGAAAGAUUGUGCAAUUUGUGCAAUUUAACUGUUCUAGCUGCUUUGACUAUUUAGCGAGUUUAAACAAUUCAGUUUGAUUGUGCAGUUUGUGCAGUUGAUAUUAUCGAGCUAGCUAUCCAUUUUGUCCAGUUGAACCAAUUAGCCCAAGUUGAGCAUUUGAACAACAUAUACCGCUCCAGAUAGAUACUGCAACUUGUGCACUUUUACCGUCUUUUCUAGUUUGAUUAACUCAACUAGUUAAUUUAUUUUUAAUUACUUAAUUUAGGCAAUUGGCCCAUUUAAGCAAGCUUGAUCAUUUGAACUUCUUCAAUCAAUUAACAAAGAUUUUGCAAUCGGUGCAGUUUGACUGUCUUGGCUGGUUUGAUCGUUUAAAGUACUUCAACAAGUUGAGAGAGAUUGUGCAAUUUUUCUGAGGUGACCUUAAUUUGACUAUUAAACCAGGUGAACCAUUUCAGCUAGAUGUUUCAGGUUGUGACAUUGAACUGAUUGAGCUAAGAGUCCAUUUUUUUUGGAAGUAUUAAGCUAGUUUGACCAUGUGAACUAAUUCGACUGAUUAAGCUAGAUUUUGCAGUUUGUGCAGUUGAUCUUAUUAAGCUAAUUGUGCAUUUUGUCCAGUUAAAGUAUUUGAGGUAGUUUGACCAUGUGAACUACUUUGACCAAUUAAGAUCAAUUUUGCAAUUUGUGCAAUUUAACUGUUGCUCGAUUGACUUUUAAACUAUUGAACCAUGCAUAACUCUGUAUUUUGUCUACUUGAACAGUUUUAGCUUGAUUAACCAUUUGAACUAGUCUAACUUUUUGAUAUAGAUUGUUUAAAUUGUGCAGUUACACUGUUUUCGAUAUUUUGACUAUUUUACCGUUUGAAUUAUUUAACCUAGUUAGGUUAUGUACUUUGUCUAGUGUAGCUUUUUAAUCUAGUUUUGCUGGUUUGACUAUUUAACCAGUAAGUCAAACUAUCGAAAACAAUAAACCUGAAAAAAUUGCAAAACCAUUUUCAACUGGCUAAACUUAUUUAAAUGGUUAAAGUACCUAAAAUUCUUUAAGGGGACAAAAUGCAUAACCAACUUAAUACGUUCAACUGGAAAAACUUUUUAAUCAAGCUUGAUUGGUUGAUCUGGAUAAAGAAUAAAACUAGCAAACACCGUCAAACUGCAGAAAUUGCGCAAUCUAUAUAAAAUGGUUGAAGCAGUUAUAAUGGUCAAGCUAGCUGAAUAUAUUUAACUUGAAAAAAUGCAUAAAUAGCUUAAAUGUUUUAAUUAAUUAGUUCAACUUGUUAAAAUGGUCAAACUAGCCUAAUUGAUUGAAGGGCUUAAUUACUUUAAUUGGUUUCAAUAGUCAAGGUAAUGAAAAGAGUUGAAGCGCUCAAAUUUGACAAGCUAUCUUAAUUGGUUAAGGUCGUUAAAUGACACUAGCCUUAGUGGCUUAACCAUUAAGAGGAGAAAUGUAUAACUAGCUUUAAUGGCUCAAUUGGAAAAAAUGCAUAACUAGCUCAAAUGGUUCAACUGCAUAAUCUGCACAAUGUAGCUGAAUUGAAUGUAAUAGUUAAACUUGUCAAAGUAGGUUAAUUCGUUCAACUGGUUAAAUAGUCAAACAAGGGACACGGUUAACCUGCAUAAAUUGAUCAAACUAGGUUUAAAAGUUCAACCAGACAAAAUGCAUAACUAAGUUAUUUAGUUUAACCAGCAAAAAAUGGUUAAACUAUCGCAAACAGUAUAACUGCAAAAUCUACAGAAUCUAUGUCAAUUGGUUAGACUAGUUCAAAUGGUCAAUCAAGCCUAAAUUGUUCGAGUGGACAUAAUUCAGAACUAAUUGAAAUGGUUAAACUGGACAAAACGCAUAGUGGUGGUUGGUCUAAAGGGGGAGAAGUGUAUCCUCAAGCACCACCACCAUUCAUUGGUGGUUGGUCUAAUAACACAGGUACCAUGAGAGCUGGUUUUCAUAGAAGGAAAACGAAAAGGACGCAAAGGAAAAGCACGCUGGCGGGGAAAAAUCUCACCAUUCAACGGAGCUCUUCUAGUGGGCGAUGA